AUGUGGGUGACAUUGGAGCUCGAGAAAGCACUAGAGAAAGGCUACAAACUGGUGAGAAUCAAUGAAGUUUGGCACUUCCCCGAGCACACGGAUGGACUGUUUAAGGACUAUAUUGAUACAUUCCUCAAAAUCAAGCAAGAGGUAAGGUUUCAUCACAUGUGUGAUACUGUCACACAUCAUUAGUUUCUUAUUAUUCCUUUCUCUUUUGCAGGCGAGUGGCUUUCCUCUGGAAUGUGACACCGAUGAGAAGAAGGGGCAGUAUAUUGCUGACUAUGCCGCAAAAGAAGGUAUUCAGCUGGAACCAAGACAGCAUAGACGGAUUUUGUGGGGGGGGGUAGUUCUACCCCCCAAUAUUAACUAUAACCCCCUCAAAACAAAAUGUCCACCCCUCCAAAAAAAUUUUAAACCCCCCCCCCCAAUAUUCGGCAUAAUAAAAAAUAAUUAAAUAGUCCACUCGAAUGUGCAGAGUGUUGAUGAUACAAAAUAAACAUAGGAGUAGACGUGAACAGAAAAAGACAGUGCAGCACUAUGCCCCAAAUAUUAUUUGUGCCCCAAAUAUUAUUAUGCCCCAAAUAUUAUUUACAUCUGAGUUGCAUCAUAAAUUGUACUCGGAUUCAAACAACACAAUGUCAAUGACUUUAUAAAAGUAAAAGCAUAUUGUGUAUUGGCCUAUUGGAUUUACACUUUUACAGGUUCAUUUAACUUUAACUCUCUCAAGUCUCAACAGACAAUCGGACAUGCCAAAUCCAUUGAUAUGACAACUUCAAAAAACGUUUUUUCGAAGCUAGAAAUCAUGAUUUGUUUCAAUUUUUUUCAGGGAUACUUUGUUUUCUGCUGUCUAGGCUCCACCUCGCAGCUCUAGUGCUCCACCCCUAGAAUAUAGACCUUACUGGGGUUUGGUGACACUUCAUGUUGCUUCAGUCACCUGCUCAUGGCUCACCCCCUAAAAUUUCUGGCACCACCCCAGUAAAAAAUAUGAAAAUCCGUCUAUGCAAGACAGAUUGUCAAGAAUCCUGGUCUGAGGGCGUUGGCCAAGCUCAUGUUGAACUCUUUUUGGGGUAGGUGUAAUGGCAGAUUGUCCACUAACAUUACUUGUUUUUCUUCGGGAAAUACAAUAAACGAGUGUAUGUUAAAACCUAUCAUUUCUUGUAGGAAAGUUUGCACAAUGGCCCAACAUGACCAAGGUCAAAAUCAUAUCGGAUCCAGCCAAAUACUUUGACCUCCUAUCCAGCGACCAGAUUAACGUCACCGUCGUGAACUUCAUCGACGACGAGCUCAUCGAAGUCCACUUUGAAAACAUCGAUGAAUUCAUGGAAGCCGAUGGAAAGACAAAUGUGGUCAUCGUCGCGUUCACCACAGCCCAUGCCCGCCUCAAGCUGUAUGGUGUCCUGGAGCAAUUAAAUCGCAGAGUCUUGUAUUUUGACACAGAUUCUGUAAUCUAUGUUUCAAAGGAAGGCGAAUGGGAGCCACCGACGGGAUCCUAUCUUGGUGAACUAACAGAUGAAUUGGAUGGAGCUCACAUUACCACCUUUGUGUCUGGAGGUCCUAAAAACUACGCCUACGAGAUGAGCACAGACGAAACAGUGUACAAAGUUAGAGGGAUCACCUUAAACUACAGAACUGCACAAAAGGUUAAUUUUAAUUUAAUGUGUGAUAUGGUUUGUUUAGAAGCAUUGUCUGAUCUCACAGAUAGGAUAA